GCGCCCACGGGUUAGACCUCAGAGCCGAGCCAGCCAUGGAGUGGGAUGGGGGAAAGUUUGGCACCCUGCGAGGGGCUGCCGGACUGGAGUGGGCGGGGCGCCCGAGGGUACUUUAGCCUUCCAGGCUUAGGGACUCAGGCUGCCCAGACCUGAAGCGGUGUGCGGCCAUGGACCGCGGAGCUGCCGCGGCCCAGGGCACUGCCCCGCCUCAGGAUGGAGAGCAGCCCGCUGAGUCUCCAGAGCCUCCGCCGCCUUGGCCGCCGCCGCCACCACCACCGGCUCCGCCGCCGGCUCCACCACCGGCUCCGCCGCCGGCUCCGCCGCUGCUCUCCGAGGCUUCGCCAGAACCCAUACCAGAGCCCUGUCCAGAGCUUGCUCCAGGUCCCUGUCCAGAGGCGACCUCAGAAUCAGCCACAGAACUGUACACAGAACCGACCCCAGAACCGGCCCCAGAACCUGCCACAGAGCCGGCCCCAGAACCUGCCACAGAGCCGGCCCCAGAACCUGCCACAGAGCCGGCCCCAGAACCGGCCCCAGAACCUGCCACAGAGUCUGCCCCAGAGCCGACUCCAGAACCUGCCCUAGAGUCGGUCCCAGAGCCGGUCCCAGAGCCGGCCCCAGAGCUGACUCCAGAAGUUGCCCCAGAGCUGGCCCCAGAGCCGACCCCAGAACCUGUGACAGAGCUGGCCCCAGAGUUCUGCCCUGAGGCGGCUCCAGAGUUCCGUCCAAGUCCAGCACCAUGUCUAUUGCAAUGUCCGGUGGACACUCGAGAGAGAGGUCUAAAGACCUCGCCAUCGCCAUCGCCAUCGCCAUCGCCCAGAACGCCAAUGUCGUGGUCCAGAAUAAAGAAAAUAUUGAAGGAAGGACCUAUGCUGAAGAACUGUAACUCUUUCAAGAGAUGGAAGCUUAGAUAUUUUCUGGUUCAAGGACAGAAGCUCUACUUUGCACACCAUCCCGCGUUUGCACACUUUGAAACGAUUGAUCUGUCUCAAGCCACCGUGGCAGAAAGCAGCUGUAGAAACCUUUGCCACAGUUUUUGUGUUAUUACACCACAACGAAAAAUCACUCUGGCUGCACCCAACCGGAAAGACAUGGAAGAAUGGAUUAACAUCAUAAAAACCAUCCAACAGGGAGAAAUUUAUAAGAUACCUGCAGCAGAAAACAACCCUUUUCUUGUUGGAAUGCAUUGUUGGUACUCCAGUUACAGCCACCGGACCCAGCACUGCAAUGUUUGUCGAGAGAGCAUUCCUGCCUUAUCUAGAGAUGCCAUCAUCUGUGAAGUGUGCAAAGUGAAAUCUCACAGAUUAUGUGCUUUGAGAGCAAGCAAAGACUGCAAGUGGAAUACAUUGUCUAUCACUGAUGACCUCCUUCUGCCUGCAGAUGAAGUAAACAUGCCCCAUCAAUGGGUAGAAGGAAACAUGCCUGUCAGCUCUCAGUGUGCAGUGUGUCAUGAGAGCUGUGGCAGUUAUCAAAGACUUCAAGACUUCCGCUGCCUGUGGUGUAAUUCUACGGUGCAUGAUGACUGUAGGAGACGGUUUUCCAAGGAAUGUUGCUUCGGAAGCCAUCGCUCAUCAGUCAUUCCUCCCACUGCUCUAAGCGACCCCAAAGGCGAUGGCCAAUUAGUAGUAUCUUCGGACUUCUGGAAUCUUGAUUGGUCAUCAGCCUGUUCAUGUCCCUUGCUCAUCUUCAUCAACUCCAAAAGUGGCGAUCAUCAGGGGAUCGUCUUCCUCCGAAAAUUCAAGCAAUACCUUAACCCAUCUCAAGUGUUCGACUUAUUGAAGGGUGGACCUGAAGCAGGGCUGUCUAUGUUCAAGAACUUUGCUCGCUUUCGCAUUCUGGUUUGUGGUGGAGAUGGCAGCGUGAGCUGGGUCUUAUCUCUGAUUGAUGCCUUUGGAUUACAUGAAAAGUGUCAGUUGGCAGUCAUCCCACUUGGAACUGGCAAUGAUCUGGCUCGUGUUCUGGGCUGGGGUGCAUUCUGGAACAAAAGCAAGUCACCUCUGGACAUCCUCAACAGAGUGGAGCAGGCUAGUGUGAGGAUCCUAGACAGAUGGAGUGUGAUGAUUCGUGAGACUCCCAGACAAACCCCGCUGCUAAAAGGACAGGUUGAAAUGGAUGUACCACGAUUUGAGGCUGCUGCCAUCCAACACUUAGAAUCUGCAGCCACCGAGUUGAACAAAAUCCUGAAGGCCAAGUACCCCACAGAGAUGAUCAUCGCAACCAGAUUCUUGUGUUCAGCUGUGGAAGAUUUUGUGGUUGAUAUUGUAAAGGCCUGGGGUCAGAUAAAACAGAACAACACUGCAAUAGUGUCUGUGAUUUUGAAAAGUGACUUAAUGUAUGAUAGGCUCAGUGUCCUGAUCGAUGUCCUGGCUGAGGAGGCAGCAGCUACUUCUGCUGAAAAAAGUGCUACAGAAUAUGCAGACAGCAGCAAGGCAGAUAGGAAGCCCUUCGUUCCUCAAAUAGACCACAUAGCCAAGUGCAAGUUGGAGCUGGCUACAAAGGCCCAGAGUCUCCAGAAAUCCUUGAAACUCAUCAUAUUCCAAGUUGAACAAGCUCUGGAUGAGGAAAGCAGACAGACAAUAUCUGUUAAGAACUUUAGUUCAACUUUCUUCCUGGAAGAUGACCCAGAAGAUAUUAACCAGACAAGCCCACGACGCCGUUCUCGUCGUGGCACUUUGUCUUCUAUAUCUUCUCUCAAAAGUGAGGACCUAGACAACCUUAACUUGGAUCACUUACAUUUUACACCUGAAUCUAUACGCUUCAAAGAAAAAUGUGUCAUGAACAACUACUUCGGAAUUGGACUGGAUGCUAAAAUUUCUCUGGACUUCAACACCAGAAGAGAUGAACACCCAGGGCAAUACAAUAGCCGCCUUAAGAACAAGAUGUGGUAUGGCCUUCUGGGAACCAAAGAACUUUUGCAGCGCUCUUACAGGAAACUGGAAGAACGAGUGCAUUUGGAGUGUGAUGGAGAAACCAUCUCCUUGCCAAACCUGCAAGGCAUUGUAGUGCUCAACAUUACCAGCUAUGCUGGAGGUAUCAACUUCUGGGGAAGCAACACAGCAACCACGGAAUAUGAGGCUCCUGCAAUCGAUGAUGGGAAACUGGAGGUGGUGGCAAUCUUUGGUUCUGUGCAGAUGGCAAUGUCCCGUAUCAUCAACCUGCAUCAUCAUCGCAUUGCCCAGUGCCAUGAGGUGAUGAUAACCAUUGAUGGUGAAGAAGGUAUCCCAGUGCAGGUGGAUGGGGAGGCCUGGAUUCAGAGACCAGGCCUUAUCAAAAUUAGAUACAAGAACGCUGCCCAGAUGCUGACAAGAGAUCGGGACUUUGAGAACUCAAUGAAAAUGUGGGAAUACAAGCAUACUGAAAUUCAAGCUGCCCCUCAACCCCAGCUGGACUUCCAGGACUCUCAAGAGAGCCUCUCUGACGAGGAGUAUGCCCAGAUGCAGCACUUAGCUCGGCUUGCAGAAAACCUCAUCAGCAAACUUAAUGACCUGAGCAAGAUCCACCAGCAUGUGUCUGUCCUCAUGGGUUCUGUGAAUGCCAGCGCUAACAUCCUGAAUGAUAUAUUUUACAGCCAAGACAGUGGCAAUGAGAUGGGUGCAGCUUCCUGUAUUCCCAUUGAAACUCUAAGCAGAAAUGAUGCCGUAGAUGUUACAUUUAGUCUUAAAGGGCUCUACGAUGACACCACAGCUUUCCUGGAUGAAAAGCUGCUGAGAAGUGCUGAGGAUGAGACUGCACUACAAAGCGCCCUGGAUGCCAUGAAUAAGGAGUUCAAAAAGCUAUCUGAGAUUGACUGGAUGAAUCCAAUCUUUGUUCCAGAGGAAAAAUCUUCGGACACUGACAGUAGAAGCCUCAGGCUGAAAAUUAAGUUCCCCAAAUUGGGAAAGAAAAAGCUAGAAGAGGAACGCAAGCCUAAAUCAGGCCAGAGUGUCCAGAGUUUUAUUGGCAAUUUAUGGCACCGCAGACAUCGUGAAGAUGAAGCAGAGGGUGAUGAUCCUCUAACACCAUCGAGAUCUCAACUGUAGCCCUUGAAAGCUGGAAGAACUCACAACAUUGAGAAUUCUACUAAAAAAACUCUCAAAACCUCAAUACAGGCUAGACUAAAUCAUUUCAGAACAAACAUGAGCACCACCAAGAAAGACCCUCCAAUUCUUUUCACUAAUGCAUUUUCCUGGACUUAAUCUGGUCUCCUUAGAGGUUUACAUUUCCUCAUUGGCCAAAGGUUCUUGUUCCGAGUUGUCUUGUUCAGUUCUCCUUCUCUUUGUGCAUCUUGAGCAACUACAGUAUUUAUUGGGAUAAGCUCUUUAUGAAUGGCCUGGGAUCUAUAAAGGAUUCAAGGGAGUUCACCUCUUCAGGGAGUUUUGGAAUGGUUUUCUCUGACCAGCAGAGAAACUAUCAAUGAUAAGGAAUGAAUGAAAGACACACAGACUCCCAGGGAGAUGAAGAGAAGGGGGCAGGCAGGACAGCCAGACUUGGUUGUGUGUCUCUCCGAAUCCCUGCCAACUGCAACUUGCACCUUCAGGAGAUCUCUUCUAGUUGGCUCAUUAAAAUGAGAACUAGAUCCUGGGGGCUUGUCCACUUUCCUGUUAAGAUGACCAUGUGAAAUCUCUUUUUGUAGAUAUGGUAACCUCUCUCUCUCUUUCUCUCUCUCUGCAAACCCUUUGCGUUUUUCUAUGUGUGCUUGUAUGUCUGCAUAUGUCCAGGUGGUGCUCUGGUGGGCUCAUUGGUUGGAACUCACCCCUCAUGGCAACCAUACAGGCUCCCCUCCUGCUGCCUUGAUCCUAGCCUGCAUGCCUCCACGGAGUGUUUGCCUGCAUUCUUGCUGGAUUUUUUAACUAAAUGUUUUGCCGCUGUGCUGCAGUAUAGAUUAUGUAUAGAGACAUAAAGAUGUAUAUAUAUAUAUACAUACGCAUAUAUAUUUUUAAGAGCUGAAAAUACAACUCGACCUCUAAGUGACCCUAUAAUUUAUUGUGCUAAUCCAGGAAUCCCUUCCCACUCCCCCUUACUCUACAUAACAAUAACACAUACACCUCUACCAACUGCCCUAUUUCUUGGUGGAGCUUCUAAAUCUUUUGGUGCAUUUUCAGCGUCUUAGAGGUGGCUGGGAUCUAUGGCCCAGCUGAUUCUGACGCCCCCUUAAAAUUCUGAGCCAGGCCAUGGAAAGGGGAACAAAAACACCAAUGCCCUAAAGAAGGGGUUUAAGCUGGCAUGCUGCCUUUUUUUGCUCUAUCUGUCCUAGACUCUUCAUCAGCAACUGUGCCCUUCCCCAAUAAAAAGACUAUAUGGAGCAACCAGGCCUUGAGCUCUGUGACUUAGAUGCCUGAACUAGGGACUGCCUGACAAUUAAGUCACAGCCUAGGCCCUUCCCCACAAGCUCCAUCUUGGCCUGAUCUUCUGGACAGGCUGUUGGGUCAGUCCUCAAGUCACCUUCAAAUCUCCCAUCUUGCCCUUUUCCCUUGAGUACAGAGGGGCAUUGAAGUGAUCAGAAAAAACAUGGGCCUGGAGAAAUGAAGGCUAGAAGCCUGUGCUUUCCUGUGGUUCUUCUUGCAAAUUUCUCAUGAAAAUAAACUAUUCCUAAAUCGCUCCAAAUCCUAAUUCACAUUUUUCAAAAAUGCCUUCUCCCAGUCAGGCAAAUCUAAUCAAACCCCAAUGCCCAGAGAGGUUCUCUCUGGUCAGCCUUGCAUCUUCACCCCACCCUUGACUCAUACCUUUAGUUAACUGUCCCUUCCCACUUAUCAAGAGAAAACUGGCCUCUCCCUACUUCUCAGACAAACUUAGCGUGCUCAAUUACCUGAUUCAGUCCAACGGCUGGUUCAUUGAGGUGCACAAUUCAGAUUCCAAGCACUGGUUCUCAACUCUGGAACUCCACCAGCCUAACCCACUUAAACCAGCCACCUGUGCUCCACCUCCGCAGGGGUGAGGAGAAAAAUAUUAACAAGGGGAUAGUCCCCAAAUGUCUGAUUGCUGUGCCAAACUAAGUCCUAGCUCUACAACUAGAGAAGAAAGUCAAUGGAAAAAGAUGACAGAAAACAUUUAAAACUUAUUUAAGCAUCAGAAUGUGUUAGCUUAUUGUACAUAUUUGAGUAGUGAGUGUGCUGUUGUUGUGUCUUUGACUUUCUCUGUUAUUAGUCUUUCUUCCCAGGAGGAGGUAUUAGAUGAAAUCAGCAAGCUCACUAUUGCAGUCUGACUUGGCUCCUCUAUGGCUGCAUGCGUUGACACCUGCACACACACUCACAGAGUGGGAACCAAGUUGCAUUUUCUUCAGAAGAGCUUUUUCCGAAGGGGAAAAUGUCCAAAUGAGCAAAUUUAGGACUACAGAAGGAAGUCCUGGGAGAAGGUAGCUUUAUCUUGGCAGUGACUAAGCAGGGCUGUGUCUUGUAAUUAUUUUUAUCACUGAUGACAAUAAACUGUAAUAAGACUCCAUCUCUUGUGCUUACUUUGCUGCAAUAAUUAGGUCUUUGUGCACAGUGAUGCUGCUGUUGCUCUGUUGUGCCAUGUGGAUUCCCUUUCACCUACCCUGUCCUCCCACUCUGAGUCAGAAUGAUAUUGACUGAAACCACUAGUAUUUGGGGCUAGAGUCAGCUCAUGGAGCACAGUUGAUAGAUGACAAGGCCCAGGAGCAGGUGUGGCUUGCUCAAUCCCUCAGUUACCUCCUAAAUUGCUAAGUUACCAGUAGUUUCCCAAAAAGGAAGAUAGCUUGCCAAGCACCUGUUCUUGCAUAUGCUCACUUGGAAACAAAGCAAGAAGUGAUGCCUCAAGGGAGUUGUCUUAGCUCUGGGAGUGUGAGCUCCUUUAAGGACUUUGUUAACCACUUGCAAUAAUUAAUACAAUUGCUUGGGUGGUGGGACCAAACACCAAAUAUCCAUCUCAAUUAUGUUCAGACAUCAUUAAGACCCAAAGCUCUAGGGUUUGGUUGUAUCUUUGGUAGCACUUUCUGACGAAUUGGUUGGGUAGACAAUUCCUGGCCAGAAGAAUAGUGGAGAAGAAAAAGCCGAUACAUUUGAACUGCCACCAACUGCUUCUGGUGUCAAUACUAUAGGAGGUAAACAGUUAUGGGUCCCCUUCUCCAGAAAGGCCCUGUGCUGUGUCCAUAAGAGCAGGUUAAGAAUAAGAAAGAGAUUUUUUACCUUAAUAAAACUGGGCCAGAAGAAACAGUCAGGGUCAACGUCAUCUUCCCUCAGGACACAAAUGGAAGAAUUUUUCUUUCACGAGAGGUGGAAAAUAAUACCAAAGCAACCAAACCCAUUAGCACCAUUCCAUCCUAUAUGAGACCUUGCUUGGCUAUAUGGUUUGUGGAAUUGCAUUUGUCUAUUUGUCAGUGAAUCUGUAAUCCAUUGUUGUUUUCUGCUCUGUGUUUUUUAUUUCCUCAGAGGCCCCUGCAAAUAAGCAGCAGGGCCAGGGGCUGGUUGGGGGAGGAAGCUGGGGUAUUUACAUGGUAACAGGAAAAAGCAGAAAAAAAAGAUCCACAAAGUGUGCCUAUUCCUCUCCCCCCGCCAAAUGGAACACCAGUCCUCAAUGUUAAUAAAGUAUUGCUUCUUUAAAUAUUUUAAUAAAUGGAUAAACAUAA